AGGGGGGGGGCGGCGGCCGCGCAUGCGCCGUGGGGGCGGCGGGGGUCGGGGCGGCUGCUCGGGGCCGGCUGGCGGUGAGGCGGCGGGCGCCAUGUUGUGCUGCCGCCUGGCAGCCCUCGGGGCGCGGCGGCCGCUGCGGCCCCUCGGCCCCGCCGCAGGCAACUUGUUGCAGCGCUGGAAUGUGCCCGUAGGACUACAGAUGAGCAGACAAGUGGCUAGCUCUGAUGUGCCUGGGGGCAAAGGCAGUAGUUCUGUUUUUGCCCUUAUUAUGGGCUUGUCAACGUUAGGAGCGGGUGUAUAUGUGUACAAAACGUUAAGAGAAAACAAAGAGCGUUUCACCAGCCGUGUCACAACAAUAACAGCACGAUCACAAGAAAAUGCAUCAUCUCCUGGUGCUGCUUCUCGGGGCUCAGCAGCUCCAGAAGCUCACCCUGAGGUCCCAUCUCAUGUUCCUUUCUUGCUAAUCGGUGGAGGAACUGCUGCUUUUGCUGCUGCCCGAUCCAUUCGGGCUCGUGACCCUGGUGCCCGGGUGCUGAUUGUGUCUGAAGAUCCUUCAUUGCCCUACAUGCGUCCGCCCCUUUCCAAAGAACUGUGGUUCUCAGAUGAUCCAAAUGUGACGGAGACUCUGCGAUUCAAACAGUGGAAUGGCAAGGAGAGGAGCAUAUAUUUCCAGCCACCGUCAUUCUAUGUGCCUGCUCGUGAUCUGCCUUUUGUAGAAAAUGGUGGAGUAGCAGUUCUCUGUGGCAAGAAGGUUGUGCAUAUGGAUGUUAGAGGCAACACGGUGAGACUCAGUGAUGGUUCCCAGAUAUCCUAUGAUAAAUGUUUGAUUGCCACUGGUGGUACCCCAAGGAAUCUGCCCGCCAUUGAAAGAGCAGGAAAAGAUGUCCAGCAAAGGCUGACACUCUUCCGAAAGGUCGAGGACUUCAAAAGUCUGGAGAAGAUUUCAAGACAAGUCAAAUCCAUCACGGUUAUUGGUGGUGGCUUUCUUGGCAGUGAGCUGGCCUGUGCUCUGGGAAGAAGAGCGCGAACCAGAGGCCUGGAGGUGAUUCAGCUGUUUCCAGAAAAUGGCAAUAUGGGCAAAGUCUUGCCUGAAUAUCUGAGCAACUGGACCACAGAGAAAGUCAGAAAAGAGGGUGUUAAUGUUAUGCCUAACGCCGUGGUCAAGUCUGUCUCUGUCUCUGGAAAUCGACUGGUGAUUAAACUAAAAGAUGGCGAAAGGUAA